AUGGAACUUUGUGCACCAACCGCUGUACCGGUCCUUCCGGCCAAUCGCCCUAAGCUACCAAGACUCCGCACGUUGAAAACAUCCAACCUACCACCCCAGCAGGUGGAAGAGGCCCUAUUGUCCGAGUCUUACAUUGUUUCAUCACCAACAUCCGAGAUUCUUCAUGGACAUCCUCUCAGGAUCUUAAUCGCACCCUCGGGGUUCAAAGAAAGCCUGGGCCCAGAGCAUGUAGCAGAUGCUAUCGAAGCUGGCAUCUGGAAGGUACUAGACCACUCCUCUGUCGUAUUGCGCAAGCUUCCUUUACAUGAUGGUGGAGAAGGGUUCGCCCGUGCCUUGGUGGCGGCCCAUGGCGGGAUAAGUGCGGAAGAAACUGUUACUGGCCCCGUCGGUCUGCCGGUCGAGUCACACCUAGGCUUUGUCGGCGAGGAUAAGAAAACGGCAGUCCUGGAUAUGGCUGCGGCCGCAGGUCUCCGCCUUGUGCCGAAAGACGCGCGCGACCCAACUGUAACGACAACGUAUGGAGUUGGCCAACUACUCAGAAAGGCACUGGACGCAGGGUGCACCAAAAUCAUCAUCGGCUGCGGAGAUUCAGGGACGUCGGAUGGAGGUGCCGGUAUGCUCCAAGCGCUCGGUGUCCGUCUUCUCGACACGAAGGGAAGAGAGUUACCGAAAGCAGAUGGUGGGCGCUGCUUGCCUUGUUUAGACAAGAUUUGUUGGUGUGGCGUACACCCACGUCUGCGCAAGGAUGCUGUGCAAGUCGAGAAAGUUGAAAUUGAAGCAGUGUGCAACAUCAAGAAUGUUCUCUGCGGUCCUAAUGGCGUAGCACGAGUUUAUGGUCCGCAGAAAGGGGCUACGCCCUCGCAAUUAGACCUACUUGCUGCAGCAUUAGAGCGUUUAGCGGAGGUCGCACAGAAAACUCUAGGGAAAGAUAUCUCGCGUGCUCCAGGCAGCGGAGCAAGUGGAGGUCUCGGAACGGGAUUGAUGAUGCUAGGCGCUAAGUUGCGCCCACGGUGCGAAGCUAUCAACGAGUAUUUCGAAUUCGAUCGCGUUUUCGAGCAGCAGUGGGACUUCGUGAUCACUGCAGAAGGUAGUCUUGAUGGAAACAGUAUUCAGGGAAAGUUGACUGGGGAGGUCGCUCGACGAGCGAAGCGCAACGGAGCACAAGUCGUCGCAUUGGCUGGAACUAUCGGUCCAGGAGCAGAUAGCUGCUAUGGGGCUGGAAUCAAAGCCUUCACGAGCAUUCUGCGAGGGCCACUUACACUGGAAGAAGCAAUUGUGCAGACUGGGAAUCUUGUCGAAGACGGUACCGAGAAGGUGCUCAGAAUGAUCAUGGUUGGACUGGCUCUUGGCCGGAGGCAGUCUCUGGUAAUACCAGGUUGA